AUGAGAACACUGAUAAACAAUUCGCGAAGAGGCAGCAAAGUGCAGCUGGCAGAGGCAGUAGAAGAGGCCGAUAAAUCUCCAUUUACCUAUGAGAUAAUGUACGCGGACAUCCCUGCGAAAUGCGUGCUACCAACGGUACCAAGCAUAUUCAGCGGAUCUGAAAGUGUUGUGCAUCACUUGAAACAAUACACCCUUUCGUUGAUGCAAUGGGGACGAAAUGAUAUGGUACUUUGUCGAUACUUCCCCGCGAGCUUGGCCGGGGAAGCGUUGGCCUGGUUUGACGGGCUACCAGAAAGAUCGAUUUCGUCAUUCAAAGACUUACAAAGGAUAUUCCUGACCACUUAUAUAACUAACAACAUGUUGAGGCCAGGAAUUGAGACUCUAUUCAAUUUGAGAAGGAUACCCACAGAAAGCCUGCGAGGAUUAGUGACGAGGUGGAGAACGGUAUGCAGCGAGCUUGCAUGGAGAGUUGACGAGAAAAAUUUCAUCUUAGCUUUCGUGAACGCUUUAAUCCCAACUGACCUGCUGCUAUUAACAAGGACAGUGCAUGUCGUGGAGAAUGAUUCGAAACAUGAAAAGGGAGAGCCUUCAACUCCAUUCCUAGCGAAGCUUGUAGCCGUAACAAGUGGAGAUCAAGAAUGGAUCAAUCAACAAAGGUAUAAGGAGUCAAGACGAAGGAAUUACGAGCCACGAAGUUACAAUACAGGGUAUCAACAAAGGAAUAAUCAAGGACCUAGAUUUGGAGAGAGGAGACCAAAUGCACCAGAUUUCGAAGAUUUGAAGCUCCCAAGGCUUAACAUGACUGUGGAAAAGGGAAAACUCGCACAUUUUGUGGAAGGCUAUGUGCCUCCACCACCCCCACCACUUCGUGACAAUCAGCAGAUAUACCGAAUUGAAAUAGAUCGGGGAACACAAAAGCCGAAUUGUAAGACGAUAAUACAUGCAGCGAAGAGCAUCCAAAAUUUACAUGACAACAUACUUAAAAGAGUACAUAAGAGGGACUUCGAAGGCAACGAGAUAUUCAGCGUUACAACAAGAGAACCAUUAGAGGAAUGGCAGAAAAGAGAAAUAACGUUCUCAACAAAGGAUGCACCCUAA